CUGCCGACUCACCCUGUAUGCAUAAAUAAAUAGUGCUACAACAUUUUAAAACGACCAAAUUACUAUUUUUGUAUACUCAGUUUCAUAUUGUUGCCUUUUUAGCAGUUUUCUAAAUAUUUUGUAAAAUUUGAAAUAGUUUGUUUGGCGGGUCGUAUGGUGUGUAUAAUUUGGCGAGGGUAUUGACUAUAUUGAGGGAAGUAAGAGUAGGCGCAGGCUCCGUAGGGUCGGAUAGUAUUAAAUUAGUAGUGGUGGUGUUCAUUUGUUGAAGGAAGUUGCGCUCUCGGCUUUGCCACUAAACCAUCGGCUACACAAAACGCUGUUGGUAUGGACAUAGAAUUGAACAGUCGAGGUUUGGACCGCAAAGAGCCGCGCAGAUAGAAAGAACGGCUGCUAAACACAGUACGGCAUUGUAAGUUAAAACCGAACAAGUGUCAGAAUGAGAGGGUCAGCAUGACUGAUAAUCGACGCUUUGACUUUCUGUCAAAUAAACUAAGCGAACGAUGGCAGAUUCCAGUUUGGAGACACAAAUUGAUUGUUUUUUGGAGCAAUUCAAACGCAGUGCUUCCAAAGCCAUGGAAGAGGGACACAACAUCGUUAGAUCGAGGAGCUCGUAUCUCGAAAACGAAACACCAGGUGGGUGCUGCGGAAAAAGAGGCAAGCGAAGUUUUGCACACUUUGCUAUCGGUUGAGAGGAUCGAAAAGCCGGAACAAGUGAUUGUGGAAAGUGGCGAUAAUCAGUCCCCUAGCAAUUCCUACCCAUCUGGCCAAGCCGCUGGUCAAGAUGGCCAAGAGGCCGGGACCCAAAUACAAUGGCACACGCCGGUUUCCAUUACUCAUUCCUUGUUUUCUUCCAUCGACGCCAACGGGCAUUUUUCGCACACCAUGGAUGACCAGCAGGUGCAAGUGAUAUGGGAUACGGAGACUCACAACAUCGACUCGAUAUACACUGAAGCUGUGGAGGUGGAGACUGAAGCUGAGACGGAUCGUGAACAAGCUAAAUCUAACGGUAAAACAAAGACUCCCGCAUCGCCUUCGAAGAACGUAAAGAAGAAAGUGCCCUUAAAAAAAAAGAAGAAGGCUGCGGCCGGAGCGUCAACGGACUUGGUGUCCAACGAUCCAACAAAGUUGGAGGAGAGCGCGGCUCAAGUGAAGGAGAGAUUUAAGAGAGGUUGCGAAUGCCAGGACGAGAGUUGCUUUCGAGGUUUAAACCCCGAGAGUGUUUACAAACAUAGACUGAACAUUGCGGAGCUGACUAAAGGGGAGCACGACAUGUACCUUAUGGGGGUGACGAUGGCGUGUCUGGCGAAUCCGGACACGACGGUGAGACACAAGGAGCGAAGAAGACUGAGAGCGCAGUACGUGUACCAAGGCAGACGCGUUUGCUUGGACGCGUUCUUGUACCUCGAAAAUUGCACGCACUACCAAUUGAAACGGAUUCGAAAGCACGUUAUGACGCACGGGGUGGCCCCCCGAGUGCACGGUAAUCACGGAAAAAAGCCUCACAACACCUUCUCGUUGGAUAUUUACCGACACGCGACUGAAUUUCUCAAGCAAUAUUUGGAGCAACACACGGGGGAAAGAGACAUUGUCAACACGAAAUCGCCCAUACAACUGCCGUGGGAUGUGACGCGGAAAAACUUGCACGACGCGUACAAAGAGUACGGGCAAAUUUUGGAGCCCGGCAUCAAGCUAAUGGGAUAUUCCACGUUUAGGCAUUUCAUGAAGGAACAAUUUCCCCACGUGAAAUUCUGCAAGAUCGAGCCUAAAAACGUUAUUUCGUCCAACCAACAGCAACAAGCUGCUGCUGCAGCAACCGGCGCAACUGUUACCGCGGCUGCCCCGCAGCAACAAAUCCAUCAGCAGCAGCAGCAGCAGAUUCAAUCUAACGAUAGAACUCUGCAACAAGUACAAAAAUGCGUCAUCAACAAUGACGUGCAGCAGGUCAUACCGUUGGUAGUUGCGCCGCCCAAUGACGCAUCGGCUGCGCAGCAUCACCAGCAGACUUUCCUGGUCACGCCGGUACCGCAGAUACUGCAAAACGGCAACAUUGUAACGCAGCAGAACGCGAACAAUCACACGUCGGCAAACACGUUCUCCUAUCAGCUCACCAACACUGAGGAGCCAGUGCAGGCGUUUUGCGAGGAAAUAGAAAUGCAAAACACCGCCAGUUUGGAACCUUUUGGAGUGAACGAUGUGACCGAUUUGCUCCAAAAUCAAUACGCCAUCAUUUCCGGCGGCAAAUCAAACGAUGGCUGCCCCAUUAUCACCUUCCCGGACAAUAACAAUUUUCAAAUGUUAUCAGAUUUUGAAUACCAAAGGCUUAUGAUGUAUCUUACCUCUGUCCCCUCGCUGCAAGAGGCGGAUCUGGGCUUCCAUUUAAUUAUAGAUAGGCGUAAAGAUAGGUGGAACUCCGUUAAAACGGUCCUACUAAAAAUAUCUGUAUAUUUUCCUGGUUUGAUACAUGUAGUUUACGUAAUAAAGCCGACUAGUUUUUUCCACAAGACGCUGUCAGAAGUUAGCAAUAAGCUGUCUAAAGACGAGUUUAAGUUUCGUAUGGUCGUUUUAAGUAGUGCCGAAGAAUUACACGAGUAUAUAAACAUAAAACAAUUAACUUCAGAUUUGGGAGGAAGUCUGUCUUAUAAUCAUGAAGGAUGGAUCGAGCAAAGAAUUGAGCUGGAGAAGUUUUCGUCGAUAACUCAGGAAGUGUCGGUAGCUUUAGAUAAUUUUACUAAAUCCAUUGAGGAGAAUGAGUUGCCAAACAAUGUCGAUUCAACGCAACAGUUGUUGAAUAGACAAACGCAAUGCUAUUCGGACUUGAAGGACGAGAUUCUUUCGGCCGCGAAGCAUGGCGAAAAUUUGCUCUGCUCUUUUAAAGACAACACUUCGGAAAAUGAUAUGGUGGGCAAUGUUUUCGCGGUGGAGAGACUUCUGGUGCAACUAGAGGAAACUGAAAACACUUUCGAUGAUUUUUGGCAGCAACAUUCAACAAAGUUGAAACAUUGCUUGGAACUGAGACGAUUCGAGCAAGAUUUUAGAGAGUUACAGGGUAACUUUGAAUCCCACUUUAAGACAGUAUUGGAGAUGAAAGAGACUGGAGAUACUUCGUGUAGAGUUGACACUUUGAUCAAAGACACUUUGGUGUUUGACAAAUUGUGCUCUGUCGACAUUGAGAGAGCCGAGGAAGUCAUUGCCUCAGGACAGCAUCUGUUGAAGCAAAAUUCUUGCCCUUUGGAGUGCGUACAGCCGAAAUGUUUGGAGUUGAAACGAAUUAGGGAUAUUUUAAUUGAGCGGUUGGCCUUGCGAAUGGAUACUUUAAAUAAAUGUCGAGAUUUAAUGGAAACCAUCGAAAAGGCGAAUAAAUGGUGCGCCAUUGGUAUAGAUCUUCUGGCUUCGCAGAAAAUAGAGAAAUGCGCCAACUCGACGGAAUUAGCGGAAAAAUACCUUCACGAAAUUCAGGAAUUCAUUAAAACCUCAAAUGAGUUUACAAAUAACCCAGACGAAUUGAAAAACAUAUUUCAAGAUUCAAUCACCUCCGAAACCAAAGCAUUGGUUACACAGGUGAUGCAGAGAAUCGAUGAUAUCUCUUUAAUGAGCGAUAACAGAAUAACAUGUUUGAAUAAAAUAGUGAAUAAGCCCAUUCGCCCGGUGCAAACCGUUAUACCGGAACCAGCUGUUCCCAGACAGCCCCAGGGUGGAGCACCUCAGCCCAACAGGGCUGAAAACAGAAGAGCCUACACAAUAAACAAAGACGAAGCAGAUGUUGAUGAAGUAAAUAGGAUUAAAACUGGUCAUGUUUUGACUGAAUUAUUAGAGACUGAACGCCUUUAUGUAUCCGAGUUAUUAUCGAUUAUUUCAGGCUACAAACCAGAAUCACAACCAGUGGAGCUGCAAGACUUAAUACCCAGUGGAUUUCAUGACAAAUUUAACGUGAUUUUCGGCAAUUUAGAGGAAAUUUACAAUUUUCAUUCGGAAACAUUUUUGAGGGAUUUGGAGAAUUGUAUAUCCUCCACGGACUUGGUUGGUUUAUGUUUUGUGCAAAAGCGUGAUAGAUUUUUUAAGUUGUAUAGUUACUACUGCCAAAACAUAACGAGAUCAGAAAGCCUUCGGGAAACGUCGACGGAACUUCAGCCGUACUUCCAAGCUUGCCAGCUAAAGCUGGGCCAUAAAUUACCAUUGGCCGCUUACUUGCUAAAACCAGUUCAAAGAAUAACUAAAUACCAGUUGAUUUUGAAAGACUUACUGCGCUAUUCCGUCGAAUCAAAGUGCUGCAAGCAGCUGCAGCAAGCUUUGGACUGUAUGCUGGUGGUUUUGAAAUGUCUCAACGACAGCAUGCACCAAAUUUCGAUAACAGGCUUCGCGAUGAACCUGGCCGAACAGGGCGAUUUAUUAUUGCAGGGGUCCUUUCAAAUCUUAGUGGAAACAAAGAAAGAAGUGGUGCUUAAUUUGAAAAUAAGAACACCCAUAAACAGGCACUUGUUUCUCUAUGAGAAAGCCUUAAUUUUUUGCAAACCUUUGGCCAAGUCGUCGCACAAUAAGGCAACCUAUCAGUUCAAACAUUGUUUGAAGCUGUCCCAAAUCGGCCUCACUGAAUCGGUGAAAAACGACAGUAAAAAGUUCGAGAUUUGGCUUGAAGGACGGACAGAAGUCUACACCAUAACUGCAGCUACAGUCGACCUGAAAAAGGCAUGGGUCAAUGAAAUCAAAGGGGUUUUAUUCAACCAAUUGGAAGAAUUGAAGGGUGAAAAAAAGAGGUUGUAUUCCACCAUGACUCCAACGUUACCGCAAUUAAAGCAAACCACAUCAUGGGAAAAUCAAAAAUCUCUAACCUCAAGCCCCUCGUUAAUCGAAAACAAUCAAAGAGCGAUGAGUUGCGAUUCAGAGAGUCAUACCACUUCGUAUGAUGAAGAAAUUGAAGAUAGUAGUAACUGGUCAUCAGAUUGUACAAAUAGUGAUGAUGACGAUCAACCUAACACAGCUCCUUUCCCUAGUGGCCGUUAUAUAGCCUUAGCUGAUUAUUGCGCAGUGGGCAAUAGUGAGGUCAAUAUGAGAGAGGGUGAUAUUGUUGAGUUGCUCAAAGUCGGCUGUGCUGAUACUUCUGUGGAAGGUUGGGCCCCGGCAGCCUAUUUAGACAACCUUCAUCGCAAAUGUUCGAGAAGUAGCAGUCGAAGUCAGGACAGGUUGAACGAUUGAUUGACCAGCCAAUUGUUUUUGGCCAAUAGUCCAAUAGUCCUUUUGUAGGAUAUCUAGGCUGUCCUAAUUCUAUGUAAUUUAUUACCUUUUUAUUAUACAUAUACGUAUUACCUAUGUAUGUAAACAAAAUUCGUUGUUUAUACACUUUUAUUUAUUUAUUUAAAUUGUGCAGAGUUUAUUGAUUGUUUUAUUAUUUUGACUCUGGUUUUGUGAUUUUAUGUUUUUUAAAUUUAUUGUAGUACUAUUGAUUAAGCUGUGACUCUUCACUCAACGGUAGUACUAAACAUAUCUGUAUUUUUUUGUUUAAGAGAUAUAUUGACCAAAGUUAUACUUUUUACGUUUACUUCAGGCUAUUUCUAAUGAAACAAAAGUGUAACAAUAACUGCAAUAAAGUAAAAGUAAAGUUAUUUGUGCCUUGGGUAAGCGUGUUGUUUUAGUACAAAUUUUAAUUUUUCAAGAGCUUGUUAUUCCAAAUAAUUUUUUAUUCCAUUGUUUCAUCGACAAUAUACCUAGUGUAUUUAUUUGUAACUAGCAUGCGUCAAUUUCCCCAUAAUAAUUAUUACUUUACCAACUAGAAAUUACACCAAAACUAUACUGUUAAGCGUUUAAACAUAUUAAACUUACUGUUUUUUAGAUACUAUAGGUAUUAUAAUAACCAUUUUAUAAGCUCAAUUAUGCGGUAUCGUAAUAAUUAUACAUUUAAUUAUAGAAUUAAAUAGAAU